AUGACUUUCUCCUAUGACCUUGUAGCAUUUCAGGCUAUUCAAGCUAUUAAGAGAGCCGUUCAAGAUGGAAGCGGAUUUACUGCAUACAACUCUGUGUCUGUUCUCAAUUCCACCUUUGACGUGAUCAAAAGAGAUCUCAGCGGUGAUGGAAAUGCAAGGAAAGUAAUUAUCACCAUUGAUCGGUCGUAUCAAACCGUUGUCGGCAAUGACUCGACUACUUUGGCGAGCAAAUGGUCUGAGUCAAUCGCUUCCAUGUUGAGAGUGUCAAAUUAUCGUUUCAAAAACGCACACAUUCACAUGGGAAUUGUUUUCAAUCUAACAAUAACCCUUCCAUUCGAAGGUGAGACUGAUCCCUUGCCAGCUGAAGAGAUUGCAAUGAUGAUGAUGGAAUGUUCUGAGUAUCAAGAAUUCGACUUGCAAUCAAUACAAGGACUUGAGCUACCAGUUCAAGCUAUUACUAAUAACGACAUCGUUGAAUUGAUUGUGAUUCGCAAAUUCAACACUCUGGUAACAGUACUUGUAAUAGUGAUAUCAACUGUUCUCGGAUUAUUUCUGCUGUACACUGGAGGAGCAAUCAUUGCAAAAGUGAAGACCGAUCGACUUCUUGAGGAAGAACGUCAGAAAGUUCUUCGAAUCACACCAGCGCCACCUCCUCGUUCAUCGCCACCACUCUACAGGCAAACCGAUUCACCAAAACCAUCUGCAAGUGCGGAACCACGGCAUCGAAAUGCUAGUGUGGCACGGCAUCAGUGA